AUGAUGUGAGUUAUGCAAAAUAGCAUUAAUAUCGAUGAUCUCUGGACAGUUCAUUUUAUUCAUAUUCUUAUCAGUUAUAGCUCAGUUAUCCUUCCGAUACUGUUAACCGUUAUUUAUAUUCGUCGAUUAUGGUCAAAUCAUAUUUUUGAACCUAAUAAUUUUUGGCGAUCGUUUCUUAUAAGCUUUGCUGUUGGGCAUCCACAAUAUACUUUAGUUUUAAAUAUUGAACCAAGGUCGUCACUAUGCGUAGGUAGAGCUCCAAGCAAACGACUUAUUGAUGACUGCUUUCGACUUUUAACAUAUUUCGCAUGCCUUCAAAUCACUCUUGUACUGAUGGGCUUUAUUCAAGAGCGUAUGAUGACUCAGGGUUACGUUUCAUCAUUGGAUCAUACAGUUGUGCAUCGAUUUAAUAACGCACAAUUUUUAGUAUUUGUAAAUCGUAUUUUCGCUCUCAUUCUUUCCGGGUUAUAUUUAUUAUUCAACUGGAAAAAUGAACCACCUCAUAUUCCACCUUUAUACAAACACUCCUAUACGUCAAUUUCGAAUACUUUAUCUUCAUGGUGUCAAUACGAGGCUCUUAAAUAUGUUUCAUUUCCUACUCAAACAGUUUUCAAGGCAUCAAAGAUUUUGCCAACAAUGUUGAUGGGCUUUAUAAUCAGAGGUGAACGCUAUGGAAAAGUCGACUGUGGUAUUGCAAUAGCUCUGGCUUCGGGCGCAUCACUUUUCUUUCUUUCUAACAGUCUAAAAACUUCUUCAAUUGAUCAAGAUGGCUUUCUUUUUUGGUUCAAUACGUUGCUGAUUAUUGAAGGAUUUAUUGGAUUAAAUUCAGAUCGUGUUACAACAGUUCAAGGUCUUUGUCUCAUGAUUUCAUAUCUUGCUUUCGAUGCUUUCACUUUGAAUUGGCAGAAGUCUUUGUUUGAUACUAAGCCGAGAUUAUCUAAAUAUCAGAUGAUGUUUGGUGUUAAUGCAUUCAGUAUGCUCUUGUGUCUAGCUGUUUUGAUUCAUGAAGACACUUUGAUUUCAUCGUUCAACUUUUUUCUUAAUCAUAAGGAUGUUGUCAAUGAUUUAAUUAUUUUAUCUUUGUCCGGUGCUUUAGGACAGGUUGUUAUUUACAUGACUAUUGAGCGUUACGGUCCAAUAGUAUUCGCUGUAAUGAUGACUCUGCGGCAAAUAUUUUCAAUAACUUUAUCAACAAUCGUUUAUGGACACCCUGUCUCUUUCUGCUCGUUAAUUGGUUUGACCGUAACGUUUGCCUCAAUUUUUUGUAGCAUAUUUCGCCAGUACUAUAAAAUUUACGCUUGA